AUAUACAUGUAAGAAGAAGAAGAAGAAAAAUCAGUAAAAGAAGGGUAGAAAUUAGAAAUUAGAAAUCAGAAAACGCUGUGCAUGAACUAAAUCCACCAUGCAAAUGAUGUUUUCAAGCUCACCUUUUCUCUUCUUCUUCUUCUUGUUCUUCCUCUCUGUUACUGCGUUGAAUCAAGAAGGGCUUUAUCUCCAAAGGCUGAAGCAUUCGCUGUCUGAUCCCAACGGCGCGUUUUCUUCGUGGUCUGAGCGUGAUCUCUCGCCGUGUAACUGGACCGGAAUCGCCUGCGACGGCGCCGGCUCCGUCGUCUCCGUCUCCCUCUCCGGCGCUAAUCUCGCCGGCCCUUUCCCGGAUUUCCUCUGCAGCCUCCCCUCUCUCUCGUAUCUCAACCUCUCCAACAAUUUCUUAAACUCUUCGCUUCCCGUUUCCAUUUCGAAAUGCCGGAGCCUCACCCUCCUCGAGCUGUCGGAGAAUCUCCUCGGCGGCCCCAUUCCUCCCACCAUCGCCGACCUCCUUUAUCUCAGGCAUCUAGACUUGAGUAACUGCUAUUUUUCCGGGGAAAUUCCGGCGAGUUUUGGAAGAUUCCGGGCACUAGAGCAUCUUGAUUUAACUGAAAACCUGCUGACCGGUGGAAUUCCGGCCGUUCUGGGUAACAUAACGAGUUUGAAGUGGAUUGGACUCGCUUUCAACCCGUUUGCCCCGAGUCAACUCCCUUCCGAACUCGGUAACCUGAAAACUCUUGAAUAUCUAUGGCUUAGCGGGUGUCAUCUUGUGGGACCGAUUCCCGAGAGCAUAUGGAAGCUGAGUCGACUCACUAAUUUCGACGCGUCGAAUAAUCAACUCACCGGGUCAAUUCCGAGUACGAUUACCCAGAUGAAGAGCGUCGUCCAGAUUGAGCUCUUCAACAACUCCCUCACCGGAGAAUUGCCGGCGGCGGAGUGGUCUAACAUGACCGCGUUGCGGCGGUUUGACGUGUCCAUGAACGCCUUAACCGGGACGAUUCCGCCCGAGUUAUGCGAGUUGCCACUCGCGUCGCUAAACCUGUUCAACAAUCGACUCGAGGGUUUAAUUCCAGAGAGCAUCGCGAAUUCCCCAAAUCUGCGCGAGUUUAAACUGUACGGCAAUCGACUCGUUGGGUCAAUCCCGAGUCAACUCGGGGCCAACUCGGCGCUGCAAUUAAUUGAUUUAUCUUUCAACAAUUUAUCCGGGAGGAUCCCGGAGAGACUGUGUGACAAGGGCGGCUUAAACGAGCUUAUUCUGCUAAACAACUCUUUUUCCGGCCGUAUUCCGGCGAUUCUUGGCCGGUGCCGGAGUUUAACCAGGGUCCGGCUUUGCUCAAACAGGCUAUUUGGGGAAAUCCCCGCCGAGAUUUUCACUUUACCCCGAGUUUUCCUGUUAGACUUAAAAGACAAUGAAUUUUCUGGAAAUAUUUCAAGAACAAUAUCUGCUGCGAAAAGUCUGUCUAAUCUUCAAAUCUCCAGAAACAAAUUAUCAGGCUCAAUUCCCAGCGAAAUUGGGGAGGUAGUGAACUUAGUGAAAUUUCAGGCUAGUGAUAAUGAACUAGAGGGAGAAAUCCCAGGAACAAUGGUGAAUUUGAAGCAGUUGGCGACACUUGAUCUUAGUAACAACAAGCUCUCUGGGGAAAUUCCCAAAGGAAUUCAAUCAAUGAAGCAGUUAAGUGAUCUUAAUUUGGCUAACAAUGGGUUAUCUGGUGAAAUCCCAGAUGAAAUUGGGAGCUUGCCAGUACUGAAUUACCUUGAUCUUUCUAGGAAUUUCUUUUCUGGGAAAAUCCCAUUGAGUAUGGAGAAUCUCAAGCUUAAUACUUUUAACUUGUCGUAUAAUCAGCUCUCGGGCGAAAUCCCUCCGUUUUUUGAGAAGGGUGUGUACAAGGACAGCUUUCUGGGGAAUCCAGGUUUAUGUGAUCGUGCGAAUGGUUUGUGUUCUGGGAAACGUGAAGGGAAGCAUGAAGGGUAUUUUUGGUUACUGAGAACCAUUUAUGUAUUGGCUGGGAUUGUUUUUCUGGUGGGAAUUGUCUGUUUCAUAUGGAAGUACAAGAAAUUCAAGAAAAUGAAUAAAGGAGUGGCCUUAUCGAAGUGGACCUCGUUCCAUAAGUUUGGGUUCAGUGAAUUCGAGAUUCUUGAUUGCCUGGACGAGGCGCAUGUGAUUGGGAAUGGAGCCUCGGGGAAAGUCUACAAGGCGACACUGAGCAAUGGGGAGACAGUUGCAGUGAAGAAGCUGAGGGAAAGAGCAAAGAAGGAUAACGAAGGCUAUGGCGAUUCUGAGAAAGAUGAAUUCGAUAUUGAGGUUGAGACUCUGGGGAGAAUCAGGCACAAGAACAUUGUGAAACUAUGGUGCUGCUGUGAUGCUGGGGACUGCAAGCUCUUGGUUUACGAGUACAUGCCGAAUGGCAGCCUGGGCGAUUUGCUGCACAGCUGCAAAGGCGGCUCGCUGGACUGGUCUGCCCGGUUCAAGAUCGCCUGUGAUGCAGCCGAGGGCCUCUCCUAUCUGCACCAUGACUGCGUGCCGCCAAUUGUCCACCGAGAUGUUAAGUCGAACAACAUUCUGUUGAAUGAGCAUUUUGGUGCCAAAAUCUCGGAUUUUGGAGUGGCAAAGAUUGUUCAAAGAACCAACAAAGGUUGUCCCGAGUCCAUGUCCGUCAUUGCUGGUUCUUAUGGCUACAUUGCACCAGAAUAUGCAUACACUUUACAUGUGAACGAGAAGAGCGAUAUAUACAGUUUCGGGGUGGUGAUGCUGGAGCUAGUGACAGGGAAAAGGCCUGUGGAUCCCGAGUUUGGUGAGAAAGAUCUGGCAAGCUGGGCAUGUUUAACAGUGGACAAGAAAGGAGUUGAUCAAGUGAUUGAUCCCAGAUUGGAUUCCAGUUUCAAGCAACAUAUAUGCAAGGUUCUUGAUAUUGCUCUCCUCUGCAUUAGCCCUAAUCCGGUUAACCGGCCCUCGAUGCGCCGUGUGGUUAAACUGCUCCAAGAAUCUGAUGGGAAUUUCAGCCCAAUGACAGGGAAGAAAGACACAAAACUCUCUGUUGAGAAUUUCCCAGAAAUGGAACAAGUCAUGAAAGUGUAGAGCUUUAGGGAACAAGCUAAGCAGUAUGUACAAGCAAUUAAUCCAGUCUAUCUUAUUUUGGUUUUCAAUGGUUGGACAGUACUAAUGGUUUCACUCAAUUUAGAUCAAAGUUAAUGAAAGCUAUUAUUAUGUCUUAAUUAAAA